GCUGUUGAAAUGGACCGAAGAAGAGAAGAUGGACCAUCUGGGGCAGCAUGUGUCUUUGAGCCUAGGGCGGGACAUAAUGGUCAUUGUGGCCGCGAACCGGUCUUGGAAAGAAACCCGAGAUGUGAUGAUGAGAAAAUAUCUGGCAGCAGAGAAGAUGGCAACGGAGACCGAUUUAGCGGCAGUCCAGAGGAAGAACUUCGCAACGUACAAUGACUUCCUACGAGAGUUUACUUUGGUGGCACUAAGGAUCCCCGGGGUCACGGACCGGAUAAUGAGCAAGUAUUUCCUCAGGCAGUUCUCCGAGUUCGUCAAGGACAAGAUCCUUUCAGCUUACCAACAGAGGAGCAAGUUCGUAAACACGCGGGAUGUUGAUUUUAGCACGGUAACAGAUCUGGGUGAGAAAACGGUAGUAAAAGACACGUUGGCCUUGCUCAAGGAAGGGGAGGAGGUCAUAGACUUGACCAGUAGGACGGGCGACAAGGAAGUCGGAUCCGGCAAAGACCGACAAGAUAUCACAGUGGCCGACACCACUGCGCACGACGACGGAGGACCUAGGAGAAAAAUGAGAAAAGACAAAAGAAUGGAAUUCGGCAACGAGAACGACAGCGAGGCGAUCAACAGGCGUACCGGAGGGGAGGAAGCAGGACCAAGCCAAGGGAGGAGGGCGGCGAAGAGAAAGUUGUACAUAGGACUCAUGGGCGGGCCAGUGCUAGGCAAGGGUGGAAGGAAAUGCUUGUGUAGGAAACCCUCACCCCUCCGCGAGGGAGAAGGUAUAGAAAUCUCGUUUGACAGUGAGGGAGGGAAGGAAAAGGCAGAAGUGGAAGAAGGAGGCAAUGUAGAGAUGGGAGAUAAGGUUCAGGUCUCUGACGAGGAAGGAGUCAACAGGGGCAAGCGACGUGAGACUUGGCAUGAGGAAAGCGAGGGGGGACAAGACAUGCGCGACGAACAUGGGGAAGGUGAGGAAAGAAGGGAAAGCCCGCUUGAAGGACGAAGCGGCCAUGACAGUUGUGAGGGGUAUGGGACGGGGACAAAGAUUCCUUUUACCUACGAUCCGAAGAACCUUGCAGGUGGGUAUAGCCCUAUACAGACAGAAGGCGAGGAUGACGAGGAGGAGGAUGUACGAGAAGUCAUAAAAAUCAGCAGCGGGGAUGAAAGGGAUAAGAUCUCCAGGCCUAGGGAAGAGGGGCGGCCUCCGAUGCACCAGCCGGGCGACGGGGCUUUCAAAUGAGAGGACGAGUUUGGACCAACACCCAGUCAUUGGUUUCAGCAGUGGACCAAUGUGAUCAGGCACGAAUGGAUUGCCAAAACUCG